UCCACUUGUAGCACAAUCGUCUAAUAAUAAAAAUUAAAACCAGUUUCAAGUUUCUGCGUCUUUACUUCCCGUGUUGUUCACCAACUUCCUUCCCUUCAACUUAGACGCAGGGUUCAGAGAUUUCGGCACAGAAUGAAAACUGACAUCAAUCUGAAAAUUCUGCUAUCAUGUCUUCAAACAAAAAGUGCGUUCAUUUAACAGGUAAGGACUCUGUCGCUCGUAAAAGUGAAGUCAGAUCUGUUAAAUGGAGUAAAGUUCUUCUGAUAGUUGUUGGUGUUUUUCUUGUUUUUGCUCUGGGUGUCAUCUGUGUUCUCAGUUUACUCUAUGUUGAUAAAUUUGGACUGUGUGACAUUCAGCAACACAAUGAUACAAAACCACCAGCAGAUCCAGAGCAACACAAUGAUACAAAACCACCAGCAGAUCCAGAACAGAAGUCUUGUAUGUCAGCAAGUGAGGUGAAGCUUUUUGACAAAUACAACAAAGUUAAAGACUGUCUGUACUCUUGUACUGAUUUCAGUGCUUCAUCUUGUAAGCUUUGUGAAGAGGGCUGGACACCACACGGUGGAAAGUGUUAUUUCUUCUCUUCUGAAAAGAUGACAUGGUUUGAGGCUCAUAAUUACUGUGAUACAUUGAAAGCUCAUCUGGUCACCAUCAACAGCACAAUUGUACAUGAUUUCCUGGUGUUUAAAAUUAAAGAGGAUCACUGGAUCGGUCUUAAUGAUCUGGAGGAAGAAGGUCGAUGGGUUUGGCUGAAUGAUCAAACUCUUGAAGAGACCGGAGUACAGUUCUGGUUCAUAAAGAAAGUUAAUAGCGAGCCAGAUAACUGGACUGGAGAUAAUCCAUUUGGAGAGGACUGUGCCUGUAUGGGAUCUGAGAAUAGACUUUUAAACUUUUGGUUUGAUGCAUCUUGUGAAUACAAGAAAAAGUUCAUCUGUGAAAAAGAAUUCAUUGCAUUUCAGUGAUGACUAUAAUGACAGUCUCCAUUUUAUAUUGAUGAUCUUCGCAUGUCUCUCUGUAUUGUGCAUUUUAUUAUAAUAGUUUGCUCUGAUUUGAGUGGUUUUGCAUUUAAAGUAUACAGUACAGUAUGAAAGACACUGCUAAUAAUCUGUUAAUCAUUUACAAUAGUAAUAUAAGCAUUUUAUUUUGAAUUGAUGUACUAUAUUUCACCCAGUAUGUGAAAACCGGGAAAUAAUUUUUUG